UCCUCCCGUCUGUGGGCUUGAGGAGAACAUGGUUGGGAUUGUUUUGAUGGGACGGUGGCGGAGCCAUCUUGUUUUAUAUGCGUCCUAAAGCUCGUUUACUGAGCCAGAGGAAACAGCCAUGGAAUAUGACACUACAUCCCGACCCUAGCCAACUCAAAUCAACACAUCCGAGAACCGAAGCUUAUUUCUGAUCGACGGAAUACACACAGCACGCGGAAUCGGUUGUUCGUUGUUGUGUAUUUCUCCACAUCGUUGGCUGCUGCUUUAACUGCAUUUUCUCUCGCACAUUUUCUCCGGUGUAAGAUACUAUGCAUGGAGGAUAAAUGUUGCCGACGGCUGACAGCGGUGGUUUUGUGCUUCUCCUCUUCAUUCUGACAAUAACAGACCCGUCGAGGACAGCAGGUCCACGGCUCGCUCUGGCCAGACUGUUGUCAGACCCGCGCUGCAGUCCUGGCCAGUUUGCUUGCUGGAGCGGAAAAAUGCAGUGCAUCCCUCUGUCCUGGCAGUGCGAUGGAUGGACGGCGUGUGAUGACAAAAGCGAUGAGAUGGAUUGCCCUACAAUAAAGGAGGAGCGCUAUCGCUACAGCAAUGGUUUUGAGCCGGUGGAGGACGUCAUGGGAGUCGCUCAGCCAGUGCGCUUCAACAGGAAGUGUCCGAGCGGCUGGCACCACUAUGAGAAGACCGCCAGCUGUUAUAAAGUCUACCUGAGGAGCGAGAACUACUGGCAGGCGGUGGAAACCUGUCAGAAGGUCAAUGGAUCCCUCGCCACGUUCGGCACCAACGAAGAGCUGCAGUUCAUCCUCAAGAUCGAGGUGGACUUCGACGAGAAAGUGUGCGAGCGAAAGGACCAGUGCAAGUUCUGGGUGGGAUAUCAGUAUGUGAUUACCAACCAGAAUCAUUCGCUCGAGGGCCGCUGGGAAGUGGCAUAUAAAGGGUCCAUGCAGGUGUUUUUGCCUCCGGAGGGUCUGGCUAAUUUGGGUGAGGCGAACCCAUCCCAGGAUAACGUGUUCUGUGCCCAGCUGCAGCGCUUUCAGAUCAAGAGCAUGAACGAGCGGGGCUUGCACAGCUGGCACACCGAAAACUGCUAUAAAAAAUUCCCCUUCCUCUGCAAGAGAAGACAAACAUGUUUGGACAUCAGAGACAAUGUGGUGAACGAGGGCUAUUACUUCACUCCUAAAGGGGACGACCCGUGUCUGAGCUGCACGUGCCACGACGGCGAACCGGAGAUGUGUGUGGCCGCCCUGUGUGAGCGUCCGCAGGGAUGCCAGCAUUUCCGCAAGGACCCUAAAGAGUGUUGCAAGUUCACCUGCUUGGAUCCCGACGGCAGCAGUCUGUUUGACUCGAUGGCCAGCGGCAUGAGGCUGAUUGUCAGCUGCAUCUCGUCCUUCCUCAUCCUCUCGCUGUUGCUCUUCAUGGUGCACAGACUGAGGCAGCGCCGGCGGGAGCGCAUCGAAACCCUCAUUGGAGGAAACUUGCAUCAUUUUAAUCUGGGUCGGCGGGUUCCUGGCUUUGACUAUGGGCUGGAUGCAUUCGGGACGGGCCUGACGCCUCUGCACCUCUCUGAUGAUGGUGAAGGUGGAGCGUUUCACUUCCAGGAGCCUCCGCCCCCUUAUGCUGCAUACAAAUACCCAGAUAUCCACCACCCCGAUGACCCUCCUCCUUCAUAUGAGGCCUCCAUCAACCCAGACAGCAUCCUCUACAUGGACCUCAGACGGACCGGGGUUCCUCUCAUGACUGGUCACGUGAGCGGCGCGGCUAACUCUCUCCAGAGGGAUUUCCCCGAGCCUUCGCUCCCCGCCCCGCCACCGCCGCCCCUGGAGAUGCGCGAGGACUCCAUCGACAGCAGCACCCUGCUGGUGUCUCCAGACACCCCCAGCGAAUCAGAGAGCAGCAUCACACAGAGCUCCACGGCAGACUGCAGCGGCCCCUCGCUCAGCACCGUGGUGUAGGGUACGUGUCCAGACCGCACUAUACUACAUGUCAGAGGAUGUCGGACUCAAAGGAGAUUUCCUGUUCAGAGCAAAAACUUCAGACACAAACGAAAAAACGUUUUUUCAGCUUGAGCGUCACAUGUAAAUACUUCCGUCGGCCACCGGUUGACGUCGCGAAAGGCCAACAUAGCACCUCUUUCUGAGGUUUACACUGGCAUGUGUUGAUCACUGCACUAUGAACGAAUGUACCGGUCGACCAACAGGCUUUUUAGGCCUUAGUGGUGACUCUUGUGGUGAUUCCUGGCACAAAGAAGCUAUUUUUCCUUGACUCAUUACUGCUGUCCAUGGAGCGGUACCAUGUUACUAUAUAGUGUUCUGUGAUGUCUGGUUUUUACUUUUUCUGUCUGUCAGAUCAGUAGCACAAACUCAAAAAACUCAUUUUAAAAAAGCCAUUUGAUUCUUUUAGAUAGAGGUACGAGUCUCAGACAUUUUUAAGUGUCCUGCUGUGGCAUGGUGGUGCAAAUCCAGCGCCUCGUUUUUGGAAAAGAAUACUAGACGCGUUUGAGAUCCUUUUGGGAGGCGAACUUUGUCGAAAAAACGGAUUUUGGUGUGAUCAACGUCACACUUGAACAAAUCUAAAAGAGCAAAUCUCAUGAAAGCUGUGAAAACAUUACCUGUUUUUAUUGAAAAGAAACUAAAUAAGAGAUUACAUUUUGCAUAAAAGCUUAUUGAACCAUUUAUAUUUUGCAUCAUUACUUAAAAAAAAAUUCAGUGGUCCACAAUAUUUCAAACACAUCUGGUUUAUUUCAUGACUGUAAUGCUGAUUUUUAUUAAUAUACUUGUGCAUAUAUAUAUAUAUAUAUAUAUGCACAAGUUAUGGUUAUGAGAAUUGCAGGGAGGAAUAUAUAUGCAAAAUAUAAUUUUUUAUUUAUUUUACUUUUGUGGUGAAAUAUAUGAUCUGCCCACUUUAUAGAUUCAUCCAGAAAGUCUGUCACUAAUAUACAUUUUGAAUUCAGAAUGUAACUCUUACAAAAAAGCUCAACAUUUACCUGCGUAAUAAAUAUCCGCUCUCAUUUUGGCCUCUCAAACUGAUCUCGAACCUUGUGCUGAAGCAGAUCUUGGUGUUUGAAAUCGAUCCUGAGUUAGGAUUUAUGUGUUCAGACUUGCCUACGAUGAAUGAUGAGGUUGUGUUCAUGGUCGGUCUGUCUGUGUGUGAGACUGUUGUUCAUUUUCAGCACCUGUAAAUCACAUGCUCCCAAUAUUAUUUUAAAUCUCUGAUAACAACCAUUCGGUACUUGACACGAAGUAAAUGUGAGCGUGUAUUUGCACACACAAGCCCAUAAAUGUACAUGUAAGUAAGAGCAAAAUGCUGCUUUUUUUCUUUUACCAAUUUACAGACUACUUAAUUGCUAUUUGGACAACUGAAUGAAUUAUGUACUCAAAUACAAAAGUUAUGGGAAAGAUUUAGAUUUGGUCUGCAAUGCAUUGUUGCUCACUGAAUCAGACACUGCUUUUUGUAUAAUGGAAUAUGAUUUAUUUCUGACUGGAAAAGCAACAAAAAGCCCAAACUAAAUGACAAUCAGGCAUUUUGUACAAAGAUAAAGAUGUUUUUGCACAAGAAAAGCACACAAGUCGGCCAGCAGAUCCCUGUUUCUAAAGAUCCAUCACCAGCGGCAAAAUAAUUGAGGACGAAGACAUUCUUGUUAUCCAGGUCUAUGUUCUUUCACUGUAUAGUCGGUUUUGUUUAAUUCCAGGGUUUCAUCAGCACAGACAACUCUGUGAACAUCAGCUUUUGUUUCUUGUGUGUGUGUGUGUGUGUGUUAAACGUGUGUAAUGUAAAAGUUGGCAUGAAUGUUUAGCAUGUUUUACUCUUUUGCGCAUGCAGAGAGGACAUCUCUUCUGCUGUUGUACUCUUCAUUUCUGCUAUGCUUCAAACCGAGGUUCGAAACACAUCUGACUCCUUUCUUCCCACCUCCCAUUUGCUACCGUUUUUUUUU